CCCUGCUACAAACACUUUGAACACUCACUCCCACCAUAAAUUUAUCUCAUUAAAACACUAUCUUUUUUGGUUUUCUUUUCUUCUUCUUUACAUAUAUAUUUUGUAUGUAUAUGAUUUGUGUCUAAUUAACAAAAACAAUGGCGACUCUGCAAACUAUGGCUGCCUUCUCAUCACCACUUUCUCAUUCUUGUCAUCAACCUCGUUUCCUUUCAGGGAUGACAUCAGGAGUGGUUUGUCACAGUUCGCGUUCUGCAUUCAGUGGUCAGGCAUUGAGCAUACCACUUUCAGGGCAUUCCAAGAAUCUCAAAAGCUCUCGAACGUUUACACUUCCUAUAAAGAUGGUGAAGCCGUCGAUUCAGUUCAUACCAGGUAAAGAUGAACAAACUAUACCAGAUGUGAAGCUAACAAAAUCAAGGGAUGGGACUAACGGUAUGGCUAUUUUCAAGUUUGAUGAACCAUCGGUUUUUGACUCAUCUGGUGAAGUUGGAGAUAUUACUGGAUUUUUCAUGAUUGAUGAUGAAGGGACACUCCAGUCAGUUGAUGUCAGUGCAAAAUUCGUCAAUGGAAGACCAGCUGGGAUUGAAGCAAAGUAUGUGAUGCGGACUCCACGAGACUGGGACAGGUUCAUGAGGUUCAUGGAACGUUAUGCCAAUGUGAACGGCUUGCAGUUCGUUAAAAGCUAAAAUAAGGCAAUGUAUAUACAUACCCUUCCCCAACCCUGUUCUCACACUCAUCUUUUCUUACACUCUUGCUUUCAUUGUGCUUUUGUUUACUGUAAUUCGGUCAUCCGAAAUAUGACACAUUUGAGAUAUCAUUUAGUUGCAUAGGCAGACCUAAGGUGAGUACUGUCAACUGACAUCACCUUCUCAUUCAUAAAAUUUCCAUUUUUUUUAUAUGAUGAAAGAACACUUGUAGA